GAAAAACGAGCCUCUGUGUCGCAAAAGAUUGACGAUGACAUCAAUGACGUUGCGGCGAUGGGAGGCGUCAAUCUAAUUGAGGAAACUCGUAAUAUUUUGUCGUCAGACGCCGUAGGCACUGAAGUGCGCUCGUGCCAGGAGUACGAUUUCCUCUUCACGAAGCCACUUCGAAGACGGAUAGCAGAUAUGGCUGCGAAGUACGGUAUCAGCGAGAUUCCAGACGACGUUCUGGCCCUCGUGUCGCAGGCUACCCAAAAACGCCUCCGGUCACUCCUGGAGAAACUCAUCGUCAUCGUUGAGCAUCGGCAAGAAAAUGUCAGAGUCGACGAUCGCUACGAUGUCACGCAAGACGUGAGGGGACAACUGAGGUUCCUGGAGGAAAUUGACAAGGUUGCGAAGAGACGACGCAGUGAACAGGAGCGAGAGAAUCUGGUUCGCGCGGCAAGGAGUAGCUGCGUGAUGGAAGACCCCGAGCAACUGAAGCUCAAGCACAAGGCGGAAGAAUUGCACGAAGCGGACGCGAAAAAGAUGCGCCAAGGAGAAGCCAACAUCACCGCGUCGUUAGCAGUCGGAUCACGAGAACAGCAAAGCGGCGAGAGCUCGGCUAUCACGUGCUCAAGCGCAAGUUCCAUGGUUCCGGUGCAUCCGCGGUUGAAGAGGGCCAAUGUCAGAGACGUUAUUUUCCUCCUGGAGCAAGAGCACGGCAGUCGCCGGAGCGAGUUUUUGUACAAGGCGUACUUGAAAUAG